AAAAAGACCAGACAGACACUCUGCUUUCAUUUCGACAGAAGUUGUGGAGGAUAAAAUGUCCAGCUACUCGCGGGUUAUCCAUCACGCUACGAGUAUCCUGUGCAGCCAUAAAGGCUCCAUGGAGCUGUCUCAGCUCCACAGGAAGGUCUACCAGCGGUUUGAUAUCAGUGACGAGAACUUCUGGUACAUACUGAAAAAAUGUCCGAGAUUCGCAGUGGUGCGGAACAAACUGGGUGCAGAAAAAGGCGAGGCGGAUUAUAUCGUAGUGGCCAAAACAUCUCUGCGCCUGUGUAAAAGUUACGCCAAGCAGGACUGCUUCGGCUGCCAGGACCUGCAUCUGUGCAAAUAUUUCGUUUAUGGAAACUGCCGCUAUGGUAAAGGAAGGAAGGAAUGUAAGUUCUCCCAUAACAUUCAGUCUGAGCAUAACUUUCCCCUGCUCCGUGAGUGCACCCUUCACGAGCUUCAUGAGGAAGACCUCUUCCUCCUCCUGCUACAGAACGACCCUGCACUACUACCUGAGGUGUGCUCCCACUACAAUAAGGGUUCGGGGCUGUUCGGGUCCUGCACCUUUAAGGAAAACUGCACUAAAGUGCACAUGUGCCAGCACUUUGUGCAGGGCGAUUGCAUCUUCGGUACCAAGUGCAAGCGGCUUCACCGCGUAGACGAGUACAGCCGCAGGAUGCUGGAGGAGCGCGGCCUCGGCAACGACAUCAUCCAGGACCUGCCGUACCUCUACCAGAACGUUUACUACCUGAGCGCCAAUGCUGCAGAUGCAGAGAGGAUUUCUGAGCCAGUAAGCAGAUCCUUAGAACUGGUAGAAGAGAAGAAUGAAAUUUGUCUCCACUUCAUUAGAAGAAACUGCAGAUUUCAGGAGCAGUGCAAACUGGUGCAUUUUAAUCUGCCGUAUAAAUGGGAGGUGAAUGAGGGGAACGGAUGGAGGGACCUGCGAGGGAUGGAGGAGAUUGAGCGAGCCUUCUGCGACCCGAAGAACAUAUUCGGUCCAGGCUCGAAGCCGGUGGAUUUUCAGACGAUGACCAGGUCUGGGCAUCCAGUGCGCCGUCUCUCCACAGUCUCGUCCAUCACCAAGCCCUCACACUAUGUCCUGACCACGCGGUGGGUGUGGUACUACAAGGGAGACCACGAUAACUGGAUCGAGUACGGCAGGCCGGACGAUAAGCACCGUGUGACAUCUGUAAAGUCCAGCGAUCUGGAGGAAGCGUUUCUGACGGACAGCAACGCUGAGGUCACGGUUAUAAAGGGCAACAGACAUUACUUUGUCAGUUUCCAAGAUAUGUACCAGAGAAACCCCAAACACAACACCAAGAGGAAAGUACGCCGGCGACCAUGCUUCGUUUCCAUCAGCGAGGUGGAAAGUCAAAUAGCGUAGUGAAAUACACACGCGCGCACGCACACACAGAUGUGCGUAUACCUACUGAUAUAUGAUUCUGUACAGCACUGAGCGACAGUCCAUGGUGUGUGUACUUACUUUGAGUACAUUCUCAAUGCACAGUGACGGACUGUAGUGGAAAUGUUUAUAUAAAGACUUUGAGCCAUGAGGGAAGUCGAAAUGAAAUGUAACCAUCACGUUAGCGUUAACAAAAUACUAUAUUGGCAAACAGUGGAUUAUGUUAGAAUUUACAAUAUGUUACAUUUAAAAAAACAUAUAUUUUAAUGGUGUACGGGUUAAAAAUGUUAUCUUUUAUCCUUAAACCAAACAUUUCUCAGUUCAAAAGUGCCCGGUUACGGCUCUGAAUCAUUUUGUUACUAAUGAAUAUAAAUAGUACAUAUUACUCUUCCCUGUCAAUCAGAGUGGCGUUCGCCAAUAGUGGCCAUCAGUGAGCUCAUGUAUGUGGAAGAGGGCUGAUUGCUCUUAGCUCUGAGCAGCGGUUUGAAUAGAUUCGGUUGGCUGGCUUGAUAUGUUUGAGGAAGAUAUGUUUAGUAGUAGGGAUUUUCGAGUUGUUAUUUGUUUUUCCCCUCAAUGUAUCACAGGUCGUGUUGUGAUGUUCGGUGAAUGCAGAAUGAACUACAGUUCCGUUGCCGAAAUAUUUUCUGCUUUGUUUUGUAACCAUGUGUUGGUUUAUUUUUUUAUUGAACAGUAUUUCAUUGUGAGAGAGUGGUUCAUUUCUGUAACCAUCAACAAUAAAUUUUUCCUGCCAUUCUUGACCCUCUUUUAUGAUUUGAACAUUUGUUAUCCAUUAUGAUGCAAACAUCUGAGGCUGUGUCAGCAUUGUCACUGCUCUUUAAUUAUGUAUUCUGAUUAGUUCUUUAGUUAGCAUGCGCGGCUAAUAAUGUCAUACUACAACCACUAGGGGGUGCUGGUGCGUAGCUUGAAGAAAGGACUAAGAUGAUAGAAAUGUACAUAUGCUAAUAUUAGAAAGUGGAAUUUGUGGGGUUUUUUAAAGAUUUAUACUCAGAUGUAUUUGGUUUAUACUUGUAGUAGUGAGGACAAUGUAAUGUACUGUAGUGUGUGUGUGUGUGAAGUCACAGCCGAGGUGAAACAUGAUGUUCUGUGAGAUACCCCCUUCAUAAAUAUUAAAUCAGUGCUGAUAAAUACAGACUCAUAACUUUAUUAUUCGGUUCAAUUUAUUUUACUUGUUUACUUGUACUUGUUUUCCUGUAAAAGACAUUGACACAAAGCAGGUUUACAGAUAUCCUGGUGUAGAUUUAGAUCUUUAACGAGCAAGCCGGAGGUGACGGUGAUGAAGAAAUGCUCCCUGAGACGACAUGAGGAAGAAACCUUGAGAGGAACCAGACUCCAAAGGGAACCCGUCGUCCUCUGAGCGACACCGUAUAGUAAAAUUAUAGAUCAUUACAGUACAGAGGUGUAGAAGAGUAAAGACAAACAGGACUAAGUGUGUUACAGGAUGUUCAGAUUUGAAGAAGAGUCCUGGGAGGAGCACUGGACAGUCUUUAUGAUUACACCAUCAGUUUUUAGCUACAAAUUUACUGUAUCUAGGUGAGAUUAUCCACUGAAGUAAUGGUGGGCAUUUUUCUUUUUACUUUAUAUUGCUGACUUUUAAAAGGUGUCAUUGAAACCAUUAUUUUUAUGACCGUGUUAAUAGCACUUUGUUAGCGAACCUGAAUACUGUGAGAUAUAUUGUGCAUCAUGAAAGUAUUGUGCUGGUUGUUUUCCCCCCAUAUCAGACCCCUACACUAAGCUAUUUCUUAUGGUAGCGGUUGCUUCUCACUCUCGCAUUCAGUUAUCACU